UGUUUGCUUCCUUCACCUGUACUGUGGAGGCGGAGCCACCGGCUGUAUUUACAUGCUGUAUGUUUCCACUGCCAAGGAAACUAGCUGAGCCUCUCCUGUGCAAACACACCCAAACUCUCUCUCUCUUUCUCUCUCACACACACACACAUACACACAUACUUACCAAACAGGAAGAGCUGUUUCAUGCUGGCUCAGAUCAGAUUUAUGUGUGAAGAAGACAAGAUUUGACUGAUAACAGCAUCAGGAUCAAUGAGGAUUACAGGAUUUACCUGUCACCUGUAUGAGUGUGGAUUACAUAAUCUGGGAUGAUGCUCUCUCUCUGAAAGUGUCAACAAUGUUCACCCCCAGGAAAGACAGUCUCCCCUCCCCGAGCCUGGAGGACUCCUUCUUCCCUCUGUCCUCGUCUUCCUCGGUGUCUCUCUCCUUUGGUCUCCCUUCAUCCACGUCCUCUCCUGGCUGCAUUGACAGCGCAGGAGAGAUCGAGACAGAUUUAAUCCUUGCUGCAGAGCUGGGACGGGCGUUACUGGAGAAGAGUGAGGAGCUGACGGUCACUCUGAGGCAGAGGGAGCGGGAGCUGGAGGCUCUGCAGCAGGAGAAGCAUGUUCUUCAGAGGAGACUGGACAUGAAUGAACUGGCCUCCGGUCAGAAAGAGGCAGAGCUGACCACAGACUUAGUCGCCAUGAGGACUGAGCUGCAGCGACACCAGAGUCAGGGAAGAGACCGGAGGCGAGAUGAGAGUGAGCAGCUGACUCAGUUAGCCAAUCACAACCAACGGCUGGUGGAGCAGCUGGCAGAGGCGGUCACACUGGAACACACCUUGAGGACUGAGCUUCGAUCCCUCAGAGAAGAGAUGGAAGAAUCGUCCUUCAGCCGAAACAUCAGCUUCACACAGAUAGAGAAUAUUCAAGCAGAGAACAGAGUGCUGCUGGAGCGGCUGUCGUAUAUGGAGACACAACUCAAAGCCUCACAGGACGACAACGAUCGACUGCGACUGGAGAGAGAGAGACAGAGAGACAGACUCAACGAGCUCCACGUCAAACUGAGAGACAAGGAAGCAGAGAUAGAGCAGGAGCAGGGAGUGGUGUUUGAGUUACGAACCUUAAAUCGCUCUCUGCAGCAAAAAGCUCUGAACCUGGGAGAAGAGAGCAUCCUGGACAGCACUCACACACAACCUUUGUCUCUGCUUAGUGAAAUACAGCAAUCACAGGCCAAAGACGCUCUGCUCGCUCAUUCUACAGUCCUGCAAGCAAGAGACCAAGAGAUUCUGUCACUCAAAGAAGAGCUUCAGUCUCAGCGAGAAGAGCUGGAGACGAUAAGAGAAGAAGUCUCGCCGUUCAGAGGGAGUCAUGGAAAACCGAGCUACAGUUCCUUAGAGAGUGACUUGGCCACAGUGCGUCAGGAGAAAGAAUCCCUGACUCAGCAGCUUCUCAACACCAUCAAACACAAGGUGGCGCUGUCUCAAGAGCUGGAAGCCUGGCAGGAGGACAUGCGGCUGGUGAUCAAUCAGCAGGUGCAGCAGAGGGAGGAGGAGAGAGAGAAGGAAAGGAAGCAGGAGACAGAAAAAACCGUAGGACUCCAGAGAAGCAAGUCGUUGAAAGUGAAGGGAGAAGCAGGGAAACGCUUCUUCUCUUUUUUCAAAGACAAAGCCCUUUAAACAGCGACACUGUGGGAUUAUGUUACACACCUCACACACAUUUGUAUAUACACUGUACGCAUGUACAGUCAUUUUUAGACGUUAGUAUUUUGUAUCAAAAGUUAAAGCCUCUCUGGUCUCUAUUGGA